UCCCCUCCCGCUUGCCCAGCGCAGUUGUGAACCAUGGCGGCGGCUCCUGAUAACGUGGCAUCUCUUUCGCGUUGCCUUCCUCUCUCUCCCUUUCGUUUUAUUUUCGUCCUCUGUCUCCUUUCCUCUCUUUCUCUCAAUUAUUCUUUUUCCUUUCCGGACUCUUUACAAAACACAGGUACCUCCGCAAACGGGCAAGCCCGCUUACUACCUCCCUACGACGGCCUGUACCUGGCGGGUGUCCGCGCCUACUUCGCGGAGGAGUGGGAGAAAGCGGCCGAGUAUUUGGAGCGCUCGCUGCAGACCCGCUCCGCGCUGGACCGGGUAAAGCGAAGCUGCCUCGCCGGGUGUGCGCUGGACGGGUUCGGCUCCGGGCCUGCGGCGGGGGGCAACAGUUUAUCGGAUCUGAAGUUUUUUUGGACUGUGCUGAGACGAGCCGAGUGUCUCCUGUUCUGUGAACGAAACCGACUCGAACCGACAGCGCGGUCCGCUGUGUCAGAAGAAGUGCUGGCGGAUUUUGAGAGUCGGAACCCCUAUAACUAUCUGCAGGUCGCGUAUUACAAGUUGAAGAAGGUUGAGAAGGCAGUCUCAGCAGCGCACACGUUCUUUGUCUCGAACCCAGAUCACCUGGAGAUGAAGCUAAACUUGCAGAACUACAGGAAGAUGAAGGGAGUGAGAGAGGAGAGCUUCACUGACCAGGAGAGUAGAGCACACUGGCUCCAGUUUGAUGCUGCUCGGUUUUCAGAAGGACAAGGUGAUUUCCUGGCUGCGGCAGAGGGCUGGGAGGAGUGUGUGAGCAAGACGCUGGCUGCAAUAAACGAGUGUAGAGCACUGUGUGAGGGGCCGUAUCAUUACCAUGGAGAUGACAGUCACCUAACCGACAAGAGAGACCUCUACCAGAGCACUGCAGACCAUUUUUUACAGGUGCUCUCCUGCCGUCAGUCCUGUGUCUCUCAGGUGGCGACUCGCCCCGGACAUAUUUUCGCAGUUGAGGAUUUCCUGCCCUCCAUAUUUGAGCACCUGCACUUCACCUAUUACAAGGGUGUGUGAGUGUGAGUGGCCAGAGUGAGUGUGUGUCAUCCAUAACUAAGGCCAUGUGAAAAUUGCAAUUUCACAGGCUGGGCAGAAAUUGUGAAAUUAGCCCAAUACCGCGAUUUUUAUAAUAUUCUUAAGAAAUAAAAAUUAUUUCGUAAUUGUUUGUAUUUCAGUGAUUGUCAUGUUAUAUGUAGUCUAA